AUGAACUGGUUCUUUGGACGUGUGCCCGCAGAGGCAGCCCCCGGUGACCGGAUCUUGCCACUGCACUUUUUCGAGAACAGCCUGCUUGUCCAGGGAAACAAUAUGGCAGUCUCACUUGUUUUUGACACUGUUUUGGAUCCGUCAAUUCUGCGGAGUUCGUUGGAGGGUCUGGUGAAGCGAGAAGGCUGGCAGAGGUUAGGAGGGCGGCUGCGGAAGAAUGCCUCUGGCAAGAUUGAAUGGCAUGUGCCGUCAGAGUUCAGCCCUACAAGACCAGCUAUUUCCUUCGCGCAUGUCGACCACGGCAUUCCAGCCUCACAACACCCAGCCGCAUCGCGCAUCCCAAAGCCAAGCCCUAACCCGGCAAUCGUCGGUGACCCUGACGCAUUGGAGAGUCUGGCUUGGGAUCCGGGAUACACGCCCAACGGGAUAAACGACUAUCUCACUUCGGACCGCCCGGUUCUCGGUUUGCGCGUGAACAGCUUCACGGACAAGACUGUCGUGACGCUACAGUGGCAGCAUGUUGCUUUUGAUGCGCUGGGCAUGCAGUACGUCGUCGAAGGAUGGAGCGCUAUGCUCUGGGGGAAAGGCGACAGCAUCCCGACACCGGUCUCGCCCGAAUCAGAUCCGUUUGACGUGCUUGCGACGGGAGCGCGGCCGACAACAGAAAAACACAUCCUCACAGAUAUGAAGGUCGGAUGGGGCGGGAUCCUCAAAUGGGGACUCGGGUAUGGAGUCGACAUGUUGCUGCGCGCAAAAGAGAAUCGCAUGGUCUGCGUUCCGGAGAGUUACUGGCGGCCGCAAAUGGAGAGGGCGCUGCAGGAGUUGCGGGAGGAGGCUCGGUCUACCGGCGCAGACGAGAGCCGGGUCUUUCUGACGGAGAACGAUAUUGUCACGGCGUGGAUACUGCGCUGUGUGAUUGGGCAGGCGGGCAUGAGCCCGGAUAGGACGGUCGCUGCGUCCAUCGCCAUGUCGCUUCGCAAAGCCUUUGAAGGCGAUCUCAUCCCCCCAUCAGCAGAACAUCCCUACGUCGGCAACGCGUUUGGCUGGUCCAAUGUCCUCAUUACAGCAGGCGAAGUGACAUCAAAGCCACUCAGCUGGCUGGCGCGGCAGGUCCGCAAGGCAAUCAACGAACAAGGAACUCGCGCGCAGCAUGAAUCAUACUACGAGAUGGUGCGGAUGUCCGGGACGGGCUUGCCCAUCGUGAUCAUGGGCGACGGGGGCAUGGCGCAGGUCGGGUUCUCAAACUGGGCCAAGGCCGGACUGUUCGAUCUCGACUUUGCGCCAGCGAGGAUGGACGGCAAAGGUGAAGCUUGUAGACCGUCGUAUGUCCAGGAGAAUCACGGGCCUGUUAAGCCGGCCGACGGAUUCUUUAUCCUCGGGAAGGAUGGGAAGGGGAAUUAUUGGACUUCGGCGUAUAAGGUGAAGGGGACGUGGGAGAGGUUCGAGCAACAGAUGAAGAAAGAUUUCGAGGUUUCAGGAUGAAUUUCCCUAAA